UGUUACGUUUUAAACAAAAUGAAUGAGUCAGCACAAGAUAACACUCUAAACAUGUAACCUCUUAUUCAUAACAUUUAAGUUUGAGAUUUGUGUAAAGGUCUCUCAAAAUGGAAGAGACAUCUUUGGAUUAUAAUCUUUUAAAAACAUACCGUGAAGAAAACGAAAACAAUGCUUCGCGUGCCUUAAAACACAAAAACCGGAUUUCAAUGCGUAAAUCAACGUUUUAUGUAUUAUUACUAAGUGUUUUUAUUUUUCUCAUCGGAAGUGAAACUCUCGUUUAUUUACUGUCAAAAAAGAAUAACACUUGCAACUGUAUUGUAACUGAUAGUUUUAUCAAACGAAAUUCCUCGCAUCACGUUUCAAAACCUUGCACGACAUUUUCAAUUAUGCAGACGACAAAACCAAACCAAGUCACGUUACCUAAUCAGACGACAACUUCUCAACAAUUCACUUCUUCUAAAUCUACGACUACGAAAUCAGUGAAGGCUGUGGCAAGUUUGGCGACAACUUUAUCUACACGAAUAACAACUUCAGGUUGUCCUACCAACUGGAUUCCAUACGGACAGUCGUGUUAUUUCUUCAGCAACCAAUUUUCAACAUGGUUAGAUGCAAUGGUAGGUAAACAUAACCUGUUAAUGAACAGGAUUGAGGCAAUGAACCGAUGUCAAAACAUGAAUGGCUAUCUUGUUGAGAUAACAUCUGCAGACGAAGAUCAAUUCCUUAAAGAACAAGCUGUAUCACUCAACAUACAUAAUAAUAUUGAUUGCUUCAAGACAUCUUCUAAUCGAUACAACGGCUUUAAAAGCACGACCUACGACGGGCACACGUGUCAGCGAUGGGAUUCACAAACACCUCACAAACAUUCACGAAAUCAAGCUGACAGGUUUCCGGACGCUUCUGUGGCUGAUGCUGCUAACUAUUGUCGAGAUCCCGACGAUGAAGGGUUACCAUGGUGUUACACUACAGACCCUGACGUUAGAUGGCAGUUAUGUGGUAUUUACAAGUGUCCGGGCGAUUGCUUCAAGAUUUCUUCUAAUCGAUACAACGGCUUUGAAAGCACGACGUACGACGGGCACACGUGUCAGCGAUGGGAUUCACAAACACCUCACAAACAUUCACGAAAUCAAGCUGACAGGUUUCCGGACGCUUCUGUGGCUGAUGCUGCUAACUAUUGUCGAGAUCCCGACGGUGAAGGGUUACCAUGGUGUUAUACUACAGACCCUGACGUAAGGUGGCAGUUAUGUGGUAUUUACAAGUGUACGGGCGGAAACUACUGGGCCGGCAUGACCGCGCUCGGUGAAAAUUGGAAAUGGCUGCACACACAGACAAAAUUAGACGAAGGGUACACUAACUGGGGUCAAAAUCAACACCGACUUGGUAAUUGUGGGGUACUUGCAGCGGAAUUAAACUAUCAAUGGAAAAAGAAUAAGUGUUCGUAUCCGGCAAAGUUCAUUUGCGAAAAAGUGAAAUAUUAACUAGAUUACAUGUGUACACUCCAUGUGAUCCUAUAAGCAAGGGAAGCCUUCUGGAAAUAAGUAUAUGACUUCAAUGGGCUAUUCACAUAUACACAUAUACACAUCUAAAUGUUCUUAGCGGUAACAUUAGUAUAUGUGAUAAUGAUACUUAAGUCGAGUAACUUGUGUGAUAUGUAGCGCGAUAGUUUUGUUGGUAUGAUGUCUUGUACGAGAUGUAUUGAAUGAGUACUUAUUAACUGGUUAUACAUGUAUUAUCAAGUAUGAAGUAGCCAAUAAUAUUUUAGUAUAACAAUUUUUGAUACGCCCUAUAACCAAUCAUAAGUACAUUUACAUAUUCAGAUUUGACUUUUAAUUAAAAUUAAUAUCAUGUAACAAAAUCAGAACAAGUGAAAUAUUUCACAUUCAAUUGUCAUUGUGUGCUUUAAUAUUUAGAUAUCAAGUCGAUAUAAACAACAUCUGUCAGAUGGUAAAUAACAUAAAUUUGUUUCAAUGCCAGAAACGUUUACGAAUUUAACCUUUCAAAUUUCAUGAUACAACAUUGUAUAGAAAUGCAUAUUAUAUUAUAUUCAAACCAAUCAUAACCAAUGAGAGGCGUAUUGUUUAAGAUGGCAUCUGACAGUUAACGUAAAAGACUAAAAUCAUGGUAUUCCGAAAGGGCGAUCAACUACCAAGAAAUCAGGUUUGGACAUAUAACGGCCCGGAACAUAGACAUUGUUGAAAAUAUUAAUAACCUAGGCUUUGUAAUGAGCAGAGGCAUCGAUCUGCAUUUAGCUCUUAAAUCUCAAAAGCAUCACUCGAGGGAUGCAAAUACCCACUGCAUAUACACUUUAACCUUUUUGAUGCGUAUGUAACAUCUAUAAUGUCAUAUUGUUCUGAACUGUUGGGAUUCAGCCAAGCAGAAAAAGUAGAGCGACUUCAUAAUAAAUAUCUUAAUUAAAUGGACAUUGGAUGUAAAAAUGAGUACUAAGUUAUGCACUUUAAGGUGAAACGGGACGAUAUGAUGCAAGAGACGGGGUUUAAUGAUGUCUGGUGUUUUCCUACAUCUGUUGUUAGCAUAGGGUGCUUUAUUUCACAGUUUAAGCUUAGGCUUAAAGACAUUUAUAAAGGACGACAGUGGAGAGAGGCAGUUAACAUUUCAACGGCAUUGACUCUAUAUAAAGAAAUUAAAGU